GCAGCCAAUACAUAACUCGAACCUUUCUUUCAGUGGACUUCGAUUUUGUUCUUUUAAAAUUCAUUUGUGUUUGUUUUUUUUAAACGACAACCGGGGCGAUGUCGCGUUCCUUCCUCGUCGAUUCGCUCAUCGUCAAGGACCCACUGCGCCCCGGCCGCUCCCCACUGGACAGCCUCCACCACCACCACCACCAUCAUCAGCAGCAGCAGCAGCACCACCUGCACCACCAUCACCACCACCAGCACCACACCAGCAGCAUGCUGCCACCGCUCCACUUCGACAUGCACGGCGCGCACUCCCCGCCCGGCUUGAGCCCCAGCCACAUGCGCAAAACUCUCCCCCCACCACCACCACCUCCGCAACUUCCGACUACAACAGCAGCAGCCACAACAAUAGCAGCGGCGGUGGCAGCAGCAGCAGCAGCAGCUGCGUCUUCUCCUUCGUCUACCUCGCCCUUCGCCGAGAGGGUGCCGGCCCCCUACUGCGGCGGGCAGCAGCCGCAAGGACCUUGCGUGCCGCCCAACCCAUCGCACGGCCUCUGCGCGCCCGCCUACGCGAUGCCGGGACCCGGGUUCCAUCACUGCCUUCCGCUCGGCGCCGAUGGUGGCGGAGUUCUGAGCAACAGCAGCAGCAGCAAGCGUAUGCGCACGGCGUUCACGAGCACGCAGCUCCUGGAGCUCGAGAGAGAAUUCUCCUCCAACCGAUACCUGUCGCGCCUGCGACGCAUCGAGAUCGCCACGUACCUGAACCUCUCCGAGAAGCAGGUCAAGAUCUGGUUCCAGAACCGGCGCGUCAAGCACAAGAAGGAAGGGAAGGCGAUUGGCGGCGGCGGUGGCGCCGCCUAUUAA